CGUUUUCGCUGAAUACUCCACAAUCUCUAGUAGGUACAACACCUAGUAUUUUGGGAUAAAAGUAUUAUAUUAACUGUUGAAUUUGUGAUCUUCAGUUACGGUACAUUCCUUAGACAUUUUGCGGUGAGGCAUAAUCGACUUCGUUUUCAGAAUGGUUCAACGUUUCGUGUCGGUUGUGUAGUUCAUUUACGUGACAAAUACACAAUUCUGUUCCGUCUGUAUUUCACGAAAAAAAGUGAAUCCAUACGGGUAACACAUCAAUACCAUCACCAGCGACAGAACGCCACCCAUGACUGAGUCACAUCGGACAUCCUGUAUAUAAACGCAUAGAUAAUCGAAUGACGUUCAAUGGUUUUGAAGGUUUUUUAUAAUGGGAAUACUUCUGAAUCCUGGUCUAACCGCUUACGCUUAUUAUUUUGGAGAUCAGAUCCGAGCAGUUUGAAUAAAGGCUAAACUGAGAAGAAGAUAAAGCAGCGACGUAAUUCGUCAUGUCUAUCAAAUCCAUAUCCAAUGCCAAUAUCUUGAAUUCGCUGGAUUCCAAACUGGAACCUCUUAACUCCAAACUGUUGAGACCCAUCGAGACCAAAUACAUUGAACCUAUGGAUUCCAAACUAGAACCCAUGAACACCAAACUGCUGAGUCCCCUUGAGCCAAAAUUCAUCGAGCCUAUGGACAACAACAUAAGCAACAAUAAUGGAUCACAAAAUGGCAAGAUUCUAAUGGAUGACUCCGAGGUGCCGGAAGAAGAGAAAGCUUUGAACCAAACAGGUCAUGAUGAUGGACCAGAUGACAGUGACACUGAAUGCGGCCUUGGAAGAUGUGCUCCCAAUAAUAUACAGAGCUGGGCGACCAAAGAAAUAUUCCUUAUAGUGUUUUGUCUGUCGUGGGUGCUACAAGGGAUGUUCCACACGUACUUCGUUAGUGCUAUCACGACGAUAGAGAAACUGUUUCAGAUACAGUCCAAGGUGACCGGGAUGAUCAUGAGUGCUACAGAGAUUGGCCAGAUAGGGUCGUCUCUGCUUCUCACUUAUUACGGGGGGCAAGGGCACAGACCGAAGUGGAUUGCUGGAGGAAUGAUGCUCUUUGCCAUUUCCACUUUUACUUGUUCUUUACCUCAUUUCAUAUAUGGCAAACAGCUGAUAAGAGCAAAUGAGCUGAGUGGCUUAACCACAGAUCCAAACACUUGUACCAGCUCUGGUGAAGCUAUGGAGAUCUUUUCUUGUAGUGAUAGUCCAUGGAAUAACCUGACCAAUCCAAAUGGUAUGGUAUAUGAUUCUCAAGGUAUUUUACAUACAGCUGGAAACGUGACUGCAAUCGACCAAAGGUUACAUCAUUCUGUCACCAAGAUUGUCUUAUCAGUAUUCUUCAUCAGUUUACUGGGUGUUGGUAUGGGACAGACAGCUGUAUACACCCUGGGAAUACCCUACAUUGAUGACAACGUAGCUAGCAAGGAAUCACCCUUAUAUUUUACUAUAACAAUAGGAGUGAGAAUUCUUGGUCCUGCUCUUGGUUUUAUUGUGGGAUCUUAUUGCUCAACAUUUUACGCUGAUCUAUCUGUAGAUCCUCAAAUAGACACUGCCGACCCUAGAUGGGUAGGAGCAUGGUGGUUGGGUCUGGUUGUUAUCUCAGGAAUGCUAAUGUUGACAUCUAUAGCCAUGUUCACCUUUCCCAAAAGACUGAAGGACUCAAGACAAGUUCGAAAAAUACCUAAACGUGGAAAUAAAAAACAUCCAAGCAUCAGAGAUUUCCCAAAAACUGUGAAAAGACUGCUCAAAAAUGAUAUUCUCAUGUACAGAACAGCCAGCAGUGUCCUGCAUAUUCUUCCUGUAGCUGGCUUAUACACUUUCCUGCCAAAAUACCUCGAAAGUCAAUUCAGGUUACCAACACCAUCAGCCAAUAUGAUUUCAGGUGUUGGUGGUAUCCUUGUUAUGGGCGUUGGUAUAAUCAUAAGUGGAUUCUUCAUUUUGAGGGUUAAACCGAAUCCAAGAUUUGUAGCAGGAUGGAUAGCAAGCACAGCAUUCAUUUAUGCUUUAGGAAUGGGCAUUUUGAUGUUUAUAGGAUGCCCUCUUGAUGAUCUAGCAGGCUUAACCAUGAAAGAAAAUAUUCAUACUUUUGAUAUGUCUUGCUCAAGAGAAGCUUGUGACUGUAACCUUGAUAAAUUUGCUCCUAUUUGUGGUGAAGAUGGAAUAACUUACCUAUCACCGUGCCAAGCUGGAUGUAAAAAUGUGACACAGGAAAAAGGAAAGAUCCUCAAUUAUUCCAACUGCGUAUGCAUUCCUUCCAGCAAUCCAUUCAAUGAUACCAUGCUGAACGAUAAAAAUUUAUAUGGAAAUGCAACUGUUGGAUAUUGCGAAACUAAAUGCACAAAUUUCACCUGGUACCUAAUUGUGUUCUCCGUAUUUGUCUUCGUUCAUUCUACCUCAGAAGUUGGUUCUAUUUUGCUCAUUUUGAGAUGUGUAGAAUCUAGAGACAAAGCCAUGGCACUUGGCUUGAUACAAUUCGCCAUAGGGUUAUUUGGGAAUGUUCCUUGUCCUAUCAUUUAUGGAGCUGUGGUAGACUCAGCUUGCCUGGUGUGGAAAAAAGCUUGUGGCGAGGAAGGGGCUUGUGGACUCUAUGACUCUAAAAUGUUCAGAAUGUUUUUCCAUGGAUCCACUAGUGCCCUAUUGCUCUGUGCUUUUCUGGUCGAUGUAGUGGUAUGGUACAAAGCUGGAAAUAUUAAAUUCUUGGACGAAAAAGACAAAGAAAAAGACGAAAUCCAGACGAAAAAUAAUGAAAUCAAGAAUGAUACAGCAUCAGAUUAACAAAAACCCCGGAGGAUUUUCCUUCACAAAGAUAUUAAUUAAUAUUUGUAUACCUACCUAUAUUGACUGAAUUUACUCAAGGCAGCUCGAUUUUUGUAUAUAGAAAAAAGUUAUUUUGAACAACUUUUACCUUGAAUGACUAUAGUGUAAGGGAGGACCUUCGUGUUCGUUUUGAAAAAAUAAACGCGACAUUUUCGAUUUGUUUUAUCGUAGUCUUACAUUAAUUUAAACCAAAUUCAGGAGCAUAUUCGGCAUCGAGUAUAGAUAUGUUAGUUUUGAUUGAAUUUUUACUUAGGAAUAUCCGCAAAACCUAUUUUAUCGAUUAUUUUUAAUUUCAGAUGCAUUUCACUUAAAUUUUAACGCACUUAUAAGAUCUGAAAAUAUGAAACGAGCAUUCUUCAACUGUGAUAAUAAUAAUAAUUUUUAAUAUUUUACAGUUAAUAUUUUCGGUAUGAGACUUUUAGGUAUCAUAAGCCGCUAUCAAUCCAAACAAACUAUGUAUUUUAAUUCUAAAGAGGGGAACAGUGACUAUAAGCUGUUGUUUCUCAUACGAAUAAAAACUUUAUUUAGAAUGUUUAACGUUUUAACACACUUGAAAUAUAUUGAUCGAAAAUACAUUUUAUAUGGGGCAUCUAGAGAAGAAUUAUUCUUGGUAAUUUUAUAAAAAAAACUAUUGAAAUUGAAAAUUAAAUGAGAUUAUUAACGAACCAUUUUAAAUAUAAAGACUUGAAAAAAUGCUUUGUAGAUCUAAUUCUAAGUAUAUUUUUGUGGUAAAUUUCAGAUUGGAUUCUGAAUAUUCUUUCAUAUUAAAAGCAACAUCGACUAUUUGUGAUUGUUAGUGUUCGAAAAUGUUAUUGAUGGCUAGAAAAAAGGACUGAAUAUUCGAAGAUUAUGUUAUGUAAUUGAUCAACUUUUUCAUCAGUGGCUUUCUAGCUCUAAAUUCUAAGCUUGCUUUCGUAUUCUUCUUAUUACUGUGAUUGCAGAAAUAAGAGGACAAUACCCACAUCACAUUUUCAUUAGAUUUACUAAAAGAAAAUCUUGAGAGCAUCACUAUAAUUAAGUAUAAUGUUAUGAAACGAUGUAAUAGACUAAACUUCAAAAAAAAUAUAAUGAAUGAUUGUUACUAGUAUAGGAAAUGUGUGUUCUUCAGAUAAUCUUCAGUUCCUCGUAUAAAAGAAGCCACAAACAAUUUAGUUUAAUUUAGUGAUAAUCCUGUUCUUGUUUUUUAUUUAGUUUUAACAUAGCUUAUACAUUAAACCUACUUUAAUCCUGAAUUAGAAAUUAGGUAUAGUUACCAAUUGAUUAAUUAUCUAUGUUGAAUGUUUAGAAAUAUACAUUGUGUGCCAUACAACAUUGGUAUAACGUAAAUUUUCAUAACUACAAUUUGUUAAAGGAGUAAUAUGCGAUUACUCAUUAUUAAUCAGAAUUUAAUUCUGUAGGCAAUGUUGUCAUUUAGUUUAAACUCGUUGUAUACAAAUUGGCUAUUCACUUCCAAGCAUGUUAUAUAGGAACAAGUAUGGCCUAAAUCGGAUCACAUUUUUUAUCUAUCCAUUUCUUACUGCCAUAAUUACCUAUUUUCGGCAUAAUGAAAAUAGUUUCAGGGUUAUUUUAUAAUAGAUUUCAUUACAUCUGUCUCCAUAAAGCUCAAUACUUGAAUACUGUGAUCGCUAUAAUACUGCAGUUACAUUGUGCAAUUUUUACAAUAUAUGUGAAAAAACAACAAAACACAAUUAAUUUAUACAAUAGGAAUAAAUCAUCACAAUAUGUGAUAACUUGUUACUGGUUAUUUUAUACAAAAGCUGAAUAAACUAGUACCACUUUUGUACAUAAACACAUGAUAUCGAAA